CGGUUCUUCCUUUAUUUUUUUCACUUAUUUUUUCCUUUUAUUUAUUUUCAUUUCCUUUGUUUCAUUAUUUUUUUUUUUGUUUAUUUUCGUUUUCCUUUGUUUCUUUUCAUUUACCUGUUAUUUCCUUUAUCCCUUUUCAUUUAUUUUAUUAUUUUUCAUUCAUUUUCAUUUCCCUUCAUCCUUUAUUGUUUAUCUAUCUCUUUUUCGUCAUCUUUCAUUUUUUAUCAUCAAAUUUCGUUACAUUUCGUUUUUCACCAAUUUUCACUAUGUUUCGUUUUUCAUCAUCAAUUUCAUUUGUCAUCGUUAUAUUUCGUUCUUAAUAACUAAUUUUCGUUAUAUUUCGUUUUACAUCAUCACCUUUCAUCAUCACUUUUCGUUGUAUUUCGUUUUUAAUCAUUACCUUUCGUUGCAUUUCAUUUUUCAUCAUUACUUUUCAUUGUAUUUCGUUUUUCAUCAUCAUCUUUCGUUUUAUUUCGUUUUUCAUCAUCACCUUUCGUUGUAUUUCUUUUUUCAUCAUCACCUUUCGUUGUAUUUUGUUUUUCAUCAUCAUUUUUCAUUACCUUUCGCUUUUCAUCAUUACUUUUCAUUGUAUUUCGUUUUUCAUCAUCACCUUUCGUUGUAUUUCAUUUUUCACCAUCAUUUUC